UGUCCCUGACUCGAAUUCUCCGCCUUCUAAUGCCUUUUUUACUUGUAACUGAUCGUCUAUACUCGAAAAUUUCGAUUUCCUAUUAAUAGUUAUGGCCUUUAGUCGAAGUAGAUUGCCCUUUGAGGGGUAUAGAGCAAAGAAAGAUAGGAAAAAUGAGAACUUUUCGAACAUCGCUCAGGCUCUGACAUUUCCGGAUUCGGAUGGUGAAAACAGCACACAAGACAUUUCUAUGGCUUCCAUCUCGCCUCGUCAGAAUGAUGCCUGGGAUUCACCCGACUCUGACAAUGAGCUUCCUAUGUCCCUCUGUACACCAAGUAGCCCUAAGAGUAGCAGGUGUGCCCGAUCUCGGCGUAUAAGACCCCCAAAAUUUGAGCUAGACAUGGACUGCCAGCCUGAUCCAGAACAUGUAACUACGAAUAUAAACAACAAUGUGACUCGGUCUCCUGACUCAUCGCAGAUGGAAGGGUCAGUUCCACCCAGUCCCUGCCCGUGGACUCCACCACACAAGAAGCUACGAGCAUUACGUCUAUUUGAUACGCCACAUACUCCAAAAAGUCUAUUGGAAAAGGCAAGGAGUCGCACCGGAAAUACAGCAAACCCUGUUCGAACACGAACACCCCUGUUCAGCAGCAUGAAAAUGGAAUCUGCGACAAAAGCUCCGGUCAAUGUUUCCAUAGAUGCUGAACGCCCACAAACUAAUGUAAAUCCUUUCACACCGAACAACAACUCAAUCUUCUCAGUGUUGCAGAGUGGAGCCAAGAGAUCACGGCCUGGAACACUUGGGAGUAUCUUGGAUGACUCUACUGAUGAAGAUUUAGAAGAUGAACUUCCUAGUAAUAAGAAAAUCGCCUUGCAUGAGAUCAACAUGUCGCGCUACAAUGAGGAGUUCUUUGAGAUGAGUAAACUUGGUGAUGGCGAGUUUGGAAGCGUCCACAAAUGUAUUCAUCGUCUGGAUGGAUGUCCCUACGCCAUCAAGAAGUCAAAGAUGCCUGUCGCUGGAAGUGCUUACGAGCGAGUUGCGAUGAAUGAAGUUUAUGCUCAUGCAGUUCUCGGCAAGCAUCCUCAAGUUGUGCGCUACUUCUCAGCAUGGGCGGAGAAUGACCACAUGUACAUUCAGAAUGAAUAUUGUAAUGGUGGAAGUUUAGCUGAUGUCCUCACUGAACAGUACAAAACAGGAAAAUUUUACUCCGAACACGAUCUCUGCCAAAUGCUGCGUCAGCUGGCCAAGGGCUUGAAAUAUAUCCACUCACAACAUCUUGUGCAUUUGGAUCUUAAACCAGGAAACAUUUUCAUCCACCGAGAGGAGAAGGUCACCAACUCCCCAGAAAGUGGUGUCGAGACGGGUGAAGAUGAAGAGGAUGAAGAAGAACUACCAGAGGUUUCAUAUAAAAUAGGUGACCUUGGCCAUGUGACAUCAAUGGCAACAACACGUGUUGAGGAAGGAGACUGUCGGUAUCUUCCACGGGAAAUUCUGCUUGAAAAUUACAACCAGUUAACAAAGGCAGACGUUUUCUCUCUUGCACUGACAAUGUUCUAUGCUGCUGGUGGUGGUGAGCUACCAAAGAAUGGUGACAAAUGGCAUGCAAUACGGGACGGCAUCUUGCCGUAUAUUUCAAGGUGCUCUAAAGACUUCAAUCAAUUAUUACAGAAAAUGAUUGACCCGGACCCAUCGAUGCGACCGACUGCUUCCUCCCUCACCCAACAUCCCCUGCUCUUCCCCUAUGAAAGUCGAUCACGUGCUGAACUCAGAAAGGCUCUCAAUGUAGAAAAGUUCAAGAACAAAAUGCUAUCCCGGCAAUUAAUUGAAGCCACGGAGCGACAGAUGCAGGCACCUCAACAGCAGAAUGCGAGCAAUCGUAACUCGCGUCUGGUUGGUAAGAAAGUCAACCGCAGUAUGAGUUUGACAGUGUUCUGAGCAUAUCAUGUGAUACCCGGACCGUGCAAUGUCAAGGCCUGCAAACACAUUUAUCCGAUGAGUUGUGACUGAAACUGUUCACUUUUUAGACUAUCUACCUUUCAAGGAAUACAGCUGUGCUACUGUGUGUCUGGGCGAGGUAGGGGUCUGCUCUUGAUAGCAAUGGUGAACUUUUACGUAUCCCUGGAAAUGUUCUAAUGGUUUCAUUUUAUAUAGUGUUUGCCUAGGACUUCCAACUGCCAAAAUAUGUGUCCUGAGAAAAACGUACAAGUUAUUAUCAUGUUCUAUACUUCUCUGUUAGAGUGACUAAGUGCCUGCUUUGCGCGCUUUGGAUUGCUUGUUUUUAAAAAUACUUUCCCGGGACAAGGGACUUGGCUGCUAGAUUCAAGUACUGGGAUGCUUAAAGCUCGGCUUGUGCAUGUAGUUUGCUUGGGAGUCGGUUGACUGACCAUAGUGACAGUUGGAACACUGCACUCAACUUCCUUGUUAAUAUUGGAGCGCUGUAUUUGCUUGUAUUUUUGUACUAUAGUGUAUAUUUGUACAGAACUGGGUAUGGCUGGUAUGAGGCAUCUGUUCUUCAGAAGGGUAUGGUGGAGAGAGUUUAAUCCCUUAGAUGAAAUCCCCCUUUUUUAUUACUAAACACAGUCUACAAAUUUGAAUAUUUUACAUUAUGUGAGUGACAUUGUAAUAGGAGACUUUGUUUGGUUCUCAGACAAUGUUCUUCCAUACCAAUUUUGCUCUGAAAUGUAUGUUCAUGGUGAUGAUCACAAAAUACCAUCAUCCUUUCCUUAUGAAGAACAGACUUUUACUCGUCCAUAGACCAUGUUGACGAUAUAAUAAUGUGAGUUGGUGCUGCCUGUUACAGGAUCAGUUAGGAAUUAUUUUAACCAUUAUCACCAAAAAUGAGGUCCAUUUUUACUAUCACUGAAAUUAUGUUUUAUGUAUUCAUUACUUGCAUGAUUAUGAUUUUUAAACAUUUUUAUGUGCAUGUAUGUUGUUUUGCACUUUCUGGUUUCUGGACUCCUGUAUUUUCUCUUUAUUCAAGGGGUUUUUUUUCUCCCCAAAAAAACUAUCAAAAGAACUGUUAAAGUGAUAGCUGGCAGCAGAUCUGUGUUAAAUUCUGACAUGAAGAGAUACUAUUUCUUCUAGCAAGGUGAUUAAUACAGAUAGUAAAAGUAUGACAAAUUCACAUGCUAGUUAUAACACACUACCUGUAGAUGACUUGUGGAUGUGGAUACGUAUGGCGGAGGGGGAACAUGCCGAGCCAGACCAUACAAAGCCCAUACAGGGAGAGGGGUCCAAAAAUCUGUGUUAAGGUGCCUACGUACUGAAUGGACGGCCCCUUUCCAAUUUUUUGGGGGGAAUUGUGUUUCAUCUGCUGUUUUAUUCGUACAUUCCCAAGUAUAUUAUAUUUUAUGAAUGCUUAUGCCCCAUACGUGUACGUAUGUUUGGGUGUUGUAUCAAUAUUUCAUAGUGCACUGUGAUUUCCGAUUCAUUACCACAUGUAAAUAUUAGUAAGUCUGUCAUGUAAAUAG